AUGAUGCAGAAGUAUAUGGACAUGAACGACAAGAGGCAUGACUCUUUGGCAAGCUACACGAAGUCGCUCAAUGAGAAAAUAAGCAAUCUCAAUCAAAAGGUUGACGAAGGAGCAAGGAAUCAACAAGCCGCAAUAAAAGAAAUGGAGCGAAGGAUAGAUAGAUGGAUUGAGCAGAAUACAAGGAAGGAUAGUAGUCCCAUGCCAAGGCCGAUCUUGCAAGGAAGUUCUAGCUCAAACCCUAAUCCAAGUCAAAAGUACCAACCCCCGAUCGGACGAAAUGAGAAUGUGAACGCCGUGUUCACCGAAGGUAAUGACUCCACUGUGAUUUCUAAUGAUUCUUGUGAAAGUUCCAAUCAGGUACAGGGCAUACGGAGGCAAAAUGGAAGCGAAACGGACAAAAAGGCAAUUCUGGAAUCUGUCCAGAACCACCUAGCGCCGCUGGAAUCACCCACCAGCGCCGCUGGUAGCCCUUCAGACGGAGACUUAGGUACCCAGCUCGCAUCCAAAUGCAAAAUGGAGGAUGGAGACAAUUUGGGCAGAAGUGAAAAAGUUCAGAAUCCCGACACGCAGAAUGAUGAAAAGCGGACACCGCAAGCAAACGAGGAUGCGGGAAGUUUUCUUAUCCCUUGCACUAUUAAUGAUGAAUAUUUUUCGAGUGCAUUAGCUGAUUUAGGGUCAAGUUCGCUAAAACCCGCCAAUAUGAGUAUUCGGUUAGCCGAUCAGACUUACCGACAACCCAAGGGGAUUGUCGAACAAGUCCAUGUCAGGGUUAAAGACUUAGAAUUCUGGACCGAGUUUGUUGUACUUGAUUCAAUUGAUGGAAUAGAUACACCUAUAAUCCUAGGUCGACCAUUUUUGCAUAUUGCCGAUGUAACCGUCCAUGUACUCAAAAGAGAAAUAACACUGUCUGACGGGAAAAAUGUGGUCAAAGUAUCUGACUUAGAUAGCAAAUUGAAUAUAAUUAAAGCAGAAUGCCUGAGUAUGGAAGUAGCGAAUGAUGAUCAAGAUGGUGGCAAACAAACUAGGAAAGGAAAACGUGAGGGCUGA